AUGAGCUCGAUAGCGGUUAUCUCAAUUGCUUUCGUGGUGACUGGUCUCGCCGAACCGGAAAAGGUCAAGAUUGUGGAUAAGAAAUAUGAUCCUUGCGACCCAAUGUGGGAAAAUCCAACGGCGUAUUCAUUCAUUAGUGGGCUCACCGGCAUUUUAAGAGCAGACAUUAGGAAAAAAAACAAGCGCUAUAACUGCCAGUUUGAACGUUGGGCUGUAAGCACGCGAGAUGUACUCAAGAAUAUAGACAAAUACGAUAUUGCUGAGGUCAGAAAAAGCGCAAAGCAGCAUAAAGAAAAGCAUCCAGCAUGGAAUGCAAGAAUGUUCGAUGUCAAAGUUCUUUACGAAAAGGAAUUCAGAGAAUUUGUGGAAAAAUGGAAUACCACUUUUGGCUGUGCUUCUAACUUGGAUCUGGAAGAGGAAAUAAGGAGAGGGAAACAAUGGAACUUUACCCGGAAAGAAGAAGAAGCGAACAAAGAGGAAAAGAGAAUAACCGACACCACAUACCAGCUGGGCGUGGACGAAAUAACCAUGUCUCAAAAUUACGAAAAAGAAAAACGGAGGAUAGCGGCAGAGUUCGAAAAAGGAAAACAGAAGAUAGCGGCAGCCAGAAAGAAGUUGGAAAAGGACCGGGAGCAUUUGAAGGAAAUGAGAAAAGCGCUGGCAUUCGAAAAAACAGUGCUAGAAAAUGAAAAACAUUCCGCAGCAGUGAGAGCUGAAUCCGAUAAUAUUUUGGGGCUACACUCUUACGAGCGAAAGGAUAACGAGACAUUCGACGUGACUAAUGAAACUCUAUAUUAUUAUGUGUGUUAUUACUAUUAG